AUGGGCCACCUCGGCCAGUGCACUUUGGCUUUCAAGCAGUUGAGCCACGUAAAGGGUGUUUCUUCUGGAUAUUGUGUGUUCUUUGUCGAUCUAAGGGCCUCGGCUACCAUGCCACAUGAUUUCUUAUUAUCAAAGACAGCUUGGAGCCCUCGUUCCUUGAAUAAAGGAAGAUGCGGAUGUUUAUUCUCCGUGAGAUGCUUAUUCUUCAUCCUCACUAUCGCAAUGGUAAAAAAGAUACUAGAACAGCUAUGCAUAAAUCAUCAAUCUAUAAGGCUAACCCAGCUUGAAGAAGCUAAGGAUUUUUCUUCUGGAGUUGCUAGACGACCGGACCUGAAAGCUGGUGCACUCUUGAUGACCAAAGGGGUUCGGACAAAUAACACUAAGAGGAUUGGUCAUGUACCUGGGGUUGAAGUUGGCGACAUUUUCUUCUUUAGGAUGGAACUUUGCAUUGUGGGGUUACAUUUUCCAAGUAUGGCAGGCAUAGAUUAUUUAAAAACUACCAUGAAUGAAGAAACUGUGGCUGUCAGCAUUGUCUCUUCUGGAGGAUAUGAUGAUGAGGGGGAAGAUGGAGAUGUCUUGAUUUACAGUGGCCAUGGUGGAUUGAAAGAUGGACGUAUGUCUGAUCAGAAGCUUGAAAGGGGAAACCUUGCUCUGGAGAAGAGUCUACAUCGUGCUAAUGAAGUAAGAGUUAUACGGGGGGUACCGGAGUUUCCCGGUGCAACUGGGAAGAUAUACGUUUAUGAUGGCAUUUACAAAGUUCAGGAGUCAUGGGGUGAAAAAAAUAGAUCUGGAUGCAAUGUUUUUAAGUACAAGUUGGUUAGGGUACCCGGGCAGCCUGAAGCUUUUACAUUGUGGAAAUCAAUCCGACAAUGGAAGGAUGGAAUUGCUAGAAGACCUGGGGUUGUCCUUCCUGAUCUGACUUCGGGUGCAGAGACUUAUCCCGUGUAUCUUGUGAAUGAUGUUGAUGAUGAAAAGGGACCUGCGUAUUUCACUUACGUCUCCAGUCUCAUGUACUCCAAACCUUUUGCUACACCUAAACCUUCUUUGGGCUGUCAAUGCAUGGGUGGAUGUCAACCAGGUGGUACCAACUGCCCCUGCAAUCAGAAAAAUGGGGGCUAUCUUCUCUAUUCAUCACUUGGGGUUCUUCUGGCUCACAAGCCCUUGUUACACGAGUGUGGACCGACUUGUGCAUGUCCUCCAAACUGUCGGAAUCGAGUGUCUCAAGCAGGUCCGAAAGUACGCCUGGAUGUCUUUAAAACAAAGAACAGAGGUUGGGGGCUUAGGUCUUGGGAUGCCAUCCGUGCUGGAGGUUUUAUUUGUGAGUACGCAGGGGAUGUCAUAGAUGCUUCUACUACAGGUGAUUUUGAGAAUGAAAAUGAAGAUAAUUAUAUUUUUGAUGCUACCCGCUCCUACGAGCCACUGAUGGCUAUACAGGAUGAUGAAGAUUGUAAUGGUUCUAGAAAAGUUCCGUUUCCCCUUGUUAUAAACGCAAAAAAUAAUGGAAAUGUUGCUCGUUUCAUGAACCAUAGUUGUUCACCCAAUGUGAUCUGGCUCCCAGUUCUGCGUGAAAGUGAUAAUAACUCAUAUAUCCAUAUUGCUUUCUUUGCCAUCCGACACGUCCCUCCCAUGCAAGAGCUAACGUACGAUUAUGGGAGUGUCCCACCUGAGAAGGGAGACCAUGGAAGAAAGAAGUGUUUGUGUGGGUCUGUGAAAUGCAGAGGGUACUUCAAUUGACGAUGCCUGAUACAAUGAAUAAUAAAUUUUCUUGGUGCUUGAUUCCUCUGGGAAAAAGACUAAUUGAACGUGUUUGAAGAUGUGUACGCGUGGAAUACAAUACAGCACAGCGGCAAGGUGAAUGUAGCUUUUUGUUGGUGCAAGGGUUUUCUUUCCCCUCUUUUUGUGUCUUAUUUUACCAAAGGAAAUGGAGCUAGUCGAAGUGGAUUCUUGCAAUGCCACUUUUUCCCUCCUCAGAUGAUCAGAAGUAGAUUUUAGGAAAGAGCUCGUCUCAAACUCUAAUGUUUAAUGAGCCAGGUUUUGGCAAUAGAUAUGUGACAUAAUGGUUAUGAACUUAACGAGGCAGAGUUCUUGUUUAACUUCUCCUGUCCUGAUGUCCUUUAUCCCCUGGGCACCCUUUUAAUCGUUUUUUAAAUCUAUUUUA